UGAGCUUUCAGUUGAUUUCCGGCAGUGUAUGCGCGCUCAAGUAUUUAAUUUGUACGAAAACUAAAUAGUGAACAGCGAAGCGAAGCGAGAUUUAUGUGUGAAAAGUGUUGAAAAAUUAAUGUAAUUCAAAUAAAUAUUUUCGUGCUUAAAGGAUAACAAAUUUCGCUGGGGAAUUGUGUAAAUUUAUAUGAAAAAAAAUUAUAAAUAAAUAAAUAAAAAAUAUAUAAAUAUAUAAAAAUAAAACUAAAAUUUUCUAAAAAUCUUUCUGAAAAGUCUAAACAACAAAAAUUGCAAAUAAAUAGCUAGAAUGAGUUCUCAAUUAGGCAUCAGCGCAUGCUCGGCAAUUUUGCUUUUAAUAUGUCAAUUGACUGCAGCGCAAGUACCUUUCCCACGCAAUUGCCCAGAAGUGAAGGUGCCUUCGGAGUUUACCGCCGAUGCGUAUAUGGGCACUUGGUAUGAGUACGCCAAAUAUCCGCACAUCUUUGAGAUUGCCAAACGUUGCAUGUUUGCCCGCUACACCAACAAGGGCAACAACACUAUUGGUGUGAUAAAUACAUCGAUAAAUACGCUAACCGGCCACACGACCAACACUACUGGUGUUGCAAGAAUGUUGGCACCAUCUCAGAUUAAUGUGCUCUUCAGCAAAUAUCCAAAUCCCGUUGAUACGCCGAAUUAUAUUGUACUCGGCACCGACUACAAGUCCUAUAGUGUGGUCUACAGCUGUAAUAAUCUCACUUCGUUUGCACAUACAAAACUUCUCUGGAUUUUGACUCGCGAACGCAAACCCUCCGCUGAGACGGUCAGUGCGGCGAAAAAAAUUAUGGACGAUAAUAAUUUACCACAAUCUUUCCUAUUGAUUGCUGAUCAAGAUAAUUGCCCAGAGGUCGCUUCAAGUUAUGGCACGACAAUAAAUUUCGGUGAUAAUUCCGUCAGCAACAACAACAAUAACAACAACAACAACAAUGCCAAUAAAAUAAAUAAGCAGGAUAAUGAGGAUACCGCCGAAGGUGCUAUAAUUUUAAAGAAAAUCAUCGCCACAGCCACAAGCACCGCCAAUCCGCCCACCACAUCAGAGUUCGAUUUAGUGGAUACAACAGCAGAGACCGCUGCGAAUGUGGUGGAAUUAGCAUGAGAAUUGUUUCGUCGCCUUUGGCAGCGUAUUGUCGAUAUAUUGACGUGGUUCUUUGCAUUGCCUUAGAAAGGAAACCAUUAUUAUGUAUUCUUUUUACUAACUCAUACACAUAUUUGCACACUUUUUGACGUUCACGUCGUUCCUUUUUGCUUGCUUUUUGGGCAGGCAUUAUUAAUUUCAUACAUUUUUUGCGAGUAUUAUGUAGUUUAUCAGUUGGUAGUAUUAAGUUAAAAUGUGUUUAUAAAUAAAU